UCAUCGAUGAGUACAUUGGUUUCAUAUUAGUACUUACAUUUUAAAGUGAUCUUAAAACAUGUUUUAAGCUAGUCAAUUAGUACAAUACUUUAAACAUGUUCUGCCUUCACAAAACAACGCACAAAGCAACAAUUACUAAAGUGCGGUUCACCGAAGAUCCGAUCCCUUUUAAGCCAGAAAAGAAUACAAAACCAGUAUUAAGCCAUGGAGAGAGCAACAGAAGGAAAGCAUUCCACUCUAACCCAGUGGAGACAAACAAAAACCAAAAAAUCGAAUGCUACCCAAAGUCUGAAAGCGACGAGAAAAUCAUCAAAAAAGCCCUGGAAGAAAACGACUUUCUGAAAAAGGUGAUGUCAGAGGAUAAUGUCCAACUAAUAGUACAAGCUAUGCAGCUCAAAACGGUCAAACCCAACGAGGUCAUAAUUAAACAGGGAGACAAAGGAAAUGCUAUUUAUAUAUCGUCUAAGGGGACAUUUGAAGUAAUCGUAAACGGUGAAACCAAAGUGACUUUCACGGACCAAAGGGUAUUCGGCGAGUUAGCCCUGAUCAACGACGCAAAACGUCUGUCAACAGUAAAAGCCCUUUCAGAGGGCGCCAUCUGGUGCCUGGACCGUAAAACGUAUCAGCUGAUCGUAGCCCUAAAUAACUCAAAUAAAGAAGAGGAUCUGUUCCAGUUCUUGCAAACCGUCGAUAAACUAAACAGUAAAGGGGCGGACACUUUGAGGGUCGUGGCGAAUUUGUUGCGGGAGGCAUUUUUCGAGGCCGACUCUAAAAUCGUUAGAGAAGGUGAUCCGGGGCAAUUAUUUUAUAUAAUCAGAGCUGGUUCGGUCACCGUUUCGAAAGUGAACGAGGGCAUCAUCGGGAAAUUGCACAAGGGCGACUGUUUCGGGGAGUUGGCGUUGCAAAAUGAGGACAUACGACAAGCGACCGUUACGGCGGAGGCGCCAGGGGUCGAUUGUCUUACGCUGAACAGGUUCGACUUUCAAAAUUACUUCGGAGACAUUAAGAUAACCGACAUUUCGGUUCAGAAGUUGAAAUCGAUCAAUGAGGUGCAGCCGGAGUACAUGGAUCUGCCGCUAAAAGAUCUGACGAUUUUGGGGAUUUUAGGGACGGGCGGGUUCGGCAGGGUCGAACUGGCGCAGUCCAAGAAGAAGAAGCAGUUGGUGUUUGCCCUUAAACGUAUCGCGAAGUUCACUAUUGUUUUAGAGGAGAAGCAACAGCACGCUUACAACGAAAAAUAUAUUCAGCUUAACAGCGUGUCACCAUUUAUAAUACGACUGUACAGGACCUACAAAACCAAGAAGUACAUUUACUUCCUUAUGGAACCUUGCUUGGGAGGCGAUUUAUUUGGAUUGCUACAUCGCCAGAAGAAGCUUAGGUUUACUAAUGAGGAAACUAGGUUUAUCGUUGCGUGCGUUAUGGAGGCCCUAUUCUACUUACACGUAAGAGGGAUAAUCUUCAGGGAUCUAAAACCGGAAAACGUCCUGGUGGCCAGCAACGGAUACUUCAAGUUGGCGGACUUCGGAUGCGCCAAGAAGUUGGACAUCGACGGUGCCAGAACUUACACGUUUAUCGGUACGAUCGAAUAUUCCACGCCGGAAGUCAUUAAAGGUAAAGGGCAUAAUAGAGCGGUUGACUACUGGGCCUUAGGGAUCCUCAUUUACGAGCUGCUGGUCGGUCGCAGUCCGUUUUUCAACGACGGCCCCGACUACAAUAAAACCUUCGAGAAAAUUCUGAAAGGGAUCGCGUUCGUCAAGUUUCCGGAGCAUUUUGACGGUUGCGCGCGCACCUUGGUGCAGAAGUUCUGCAAACCGAACCCUUGGAACCGACUGGGGAUGUCCAAGGACGGUAUCGCCAAAAUUCGGGGAGAUAAAUGGUUUAGUGACUUUAAUUGGACCGAUUUGGCCGAAUGUAGGAUGUACUCGCCCUUCGUGCCAACAUUAAAGGGUCCAACUGACUUAUCGCACUUUCCAAGACAGCAAAGAUCCUCGAGACCGGAACCACCCGAUGAAUUGUCCGGUUGGGAUAAAGAUUUGUAAUUUCCUUUUAGGAUUAUUUUAUAACAACGUAAUUGUUCUGAUAUGUAGCGCAAUUGUUACUAAGGCUAGUGUCUGUAUUACUUUAAACAAUGUUGCCUAGUCAAUUAAAGUACUUUUUUUUGCA